AAUUUGGCCGGCAGCCGCGGACUGUCUGAGGGAAAUCAGCAAAGGCAGCAGGAGGCACAGGAGCAGGAACUGCCGGGGAAAUUGGAACAGGAAGAGGAACUGCAACUGGAACAGGGACUUGCGUCAGCUGCAGCGACACAGCACUGAGUUUGAGCCAUGGUGGAGGACAAUGGGUCGUCGUCGUCGGCGGAAGUGGAGGGAGCGGAAGGAGCAGGAGGAGGAGGAGGCGUGGUCUCGCCGCUUUUGGCGCUACUCAAUCAGACGCAGUUACCCCCUUCCCCCUUCUUCGGCAGCUACAACAUCUCCGAGGACGUCUACUUCUAUUUCAAUGGUUUGCCCACGAGCACGGAGCUCAUCCUGAAUGGCAGCACCACCACCAGUAGCACCACUACCCUGAGUACUCCAGUUUCUUCAGUGGCUACAAGUGGUACUACCACCCCCGAACCCGAUCUCUCCGAGUUCCUGGAGGCCCUGCCCAACGAUCGAGUGGGUCUGCUGGCCUUCUUGUUUCUCUUUUCCUUUGCCACCGUCUUUGGCAACUCCCUGGUCAUCCUGGCCGUUAUCCGGGAAAGGUACCUCCACACGGCCACUAACUAUUUUAUUACCAGCCUGGCGGUGGCCGAUUGCCUGGUGGGUCUGGUAGUAAUGCCCUUCUCCGCUUUAUAUGAGGUGCUGGAAAACACCUGGUUCUUUGGCACCGACUGGUGUGAUAUUUGGAGAUCCCUGGAUGUUCUCUUUAGUACCGCCUCUAUACUGAAUCUCUGUGUGAUCUCACUGGAUCGUUACUGGGCCAUCACGGAUCCGUUUAGCUACCCCAUGAGAAUGACUGUGAAGAGAGCAGCCGGCCUGAUAGCUGCCGUUUGGAUUUGCUCGAGUGCCAUCAGUUUUCCGGCCAUCGUUUGGUGGCGAGCGGCCAGGGAUGGCGAAAUGCCCGCCUAUAAAUGCACCUUUACCGAGCAUCUGGGUUACCUGGUCUUCUCCUCGACCAUCUCAUUUUAUCUUCCGCUGCUGGUGAUGGUCUUCACCUACUGUCGCAUCUACAGGGCAGCUGUUAUACAGACGAGAUCGCUGAAGAUUGGAACCAAACAGGUGCUGAUGGCCUCGGGGGAAUUGCAGUUGACAUUACGUAUACAUCGUGGUGGCACCACUCGCGAUCAGGCCAAUCAGGUUUCGGGUGGAGGAGGAGGAGGUGGAGGUGGUGGAGGAGGAGGCUCCCUGAGCCACUCGCACUCCCAUUCGCACCACCAUCAUCACAAUCAUGGUGGUGGCACCACCACCUCGACGCCCGAGGAACCGGAUGAUGAGCCACUAUCCGCAUUGCAUAAUAAUGGAUUAGCCCGCCAUCGACACAUGGGCAAGAACUUCUCGCUGUCGCGGAAACUGGCCAAGUUCGCCAAGGAGAAGAAGGCGGCCAAGACGCUGGGCAUCGUGAUGGGCGUGUUCAUCAUCUGCUGGCUGCCCUUUUUCGUGGUCAAUCUGCUGUCCGGCUUCUGCAUCGAGUGCAUCGAGCAUGAGGAGAUCGUGUCGGCGAUCGUCACCUGGCUGGGCUGGAUCAACUCCUGCAUGAAUCCUGUGAUCUACGCCUGCUGGAGCAGGGACUUCCGCAGGGCCUUUGUGCGUCUGCUGUGCAUGUGCUGUCCUCGGAAGAUUCGCAGGAAGUACCAGCCCACGAUGCGUUCCAAGUCGCAGUGCCAUGUGGCCGCUGCCAUGGUGGCCGCCUCCACCUCCUUUGGCUACCAUUCGGUGAACCAGAUAGACCGCACGCUCAUGUGACGACAGCUGAGCAGUUGCAGCACCUGCAGCGGUGGCAGCAACUGCGGCGGAUCCCGAUCCGCCCACCAGCACCAGCACCUCUCCUCCGGCACGGCCACGCCCUCGUCCUCGCAGCGAUCCUGCACGCGAUGCCAGAGCUUUCAUCGCCACCACCAUCGAUCCAGGCGCCGCAGCUCGGGGAUGCAGUUGCGCGGCGACUACAGCUCCACCACCGCGGUGAACAGUAGUGCGCUGGCCAAGACCAUUGUGACCAUCAGUGCUCCUCCGGUGGCGGCUGCCUCGGCCAGUUCGCUGCAUUUGGGUGGCGGCGGCGGAGGAGGACGACCCAACUCGGUGUCCACCUUAACCAUCGCCUCAGUGCCGCCGGGGGGCGGAGGUGGAUCGUUAAGUGGGGCCAACAGUCCACUGGCCCCCAGCCUAAAGGCCCUGACCCCGGGACCCUCGAAUUCAUCGGGUCACCAUGUGUCCUUCAUGCCCAUGACGGGCAUGAAACGAUUGCGCAGCUCAAACGCCUCCCUGGGUUCGCCGAAUGGAGUUAUCAGCACGGUUGUCGGCGCAGCGGACACCACCUCGGCACCCUCACUCAUCCUCGACGCUGGCGAGGAUCAGGUCCAGAUGAGGAACCACCACAGGAUUCUGGAGCAGUGCCACAGUGUCCAGAGCCAGAUAACCACGCUGGGCGACGUGGAGGACGACGACGAGGAGGAGGAGGCGGCGGUUAGCGACAGUGAAAGCGAGAGCAUCGGACUCGCCUUGGUGGAGACCACGCCCCAACUGGAGAGCCAGCCGGUGGAGGCAUCGAGUUCCUCCAGCUCCUCGGUCAAGUAAACUCAGCACCACAACCACAAGAAAAAUAAAUCCCAGACAUUAGCUCUAAGAUUCAAGCAUAUUGGUGUGGUUAUUAGAGAAAGUCGAUGGAAAGUCGUGGGAAAGAAAAAGUUAAGGACAUUUCUAAGCCUUUUUGCUUUGACAACAACUAUAAUCCAUUACUUCUCAAGGUAUCAUAAGGGAUUCAAAGCUAAACGU